CGAGGGCUCUGCGUGCGCGCUUCUGCUGACGCGGGAAAGGUGUGGCCAGGCAGCUUUAAAACUGUUCCGAUAGUGAGGGGGGACUCUCAGAGCCUUCGGGAACAAGAGAGGGGAGCCCGCCGCCGACUGCAGAGUAUCUCCUCGCCAGCGACCAUGCCGAUGAAGCCAGCUCCGUGCCCGCACCAGCCUGCGCCCGGUAGCUGUACAGCCGGGUGCGGAGCCAGAGCCGGCGCCGGCAGGCAGCCCCACUGCGCCGCCGUCCUGACCCUGGCCGUCCUGCUGCUGGCUCUCCCCGCCUGCAGAAGUGCUCCGGCCCUGCUGCAGGGACCACAGGCAGACCAGGAGCUCCAGCUGUGGAGCGAGAUAGAUGACCUCUGUUCCUCUUACCUCUCUGCUGACCUUCAGUCUCAGGCGCCCAGCGUCCUGGAAGAACUUUGCUACUCAGUCAUGGGGAUCGUACACAAGUCUCAGGAUGUACGAGCAAAGGAGCAGAGUAAAAGGUUCUUAUUUCAUUACACAAAGAGCCACAACUCAGGCAGCUCUGACCCUGCGUCCUCUGUGCUGCAUCCUUUGCUGCAACUUGUUCCCCAGCUCCAUGCGAGAAGACUGAGGAGGUUCCGCAGUGACGAUGAUCUUCAAGGACCUGGUGGGAUUCAAAGCCGAGGAUACUUCCUAUUUAGGCCAAGGAAUGGAAGAAGAUCAACUACGUUUAUCUGAAGGGAACUGUGGGCCGCUGGUCUCCCCUCGAACCCGGGACUGGAAAGGGGAAACGUCACCCCAGCGCAGCACAUCCCAGCUGAGCAGGACCAUACCAGCUUUAAAAUCUUUACACUUGUUCUGUAUCAAUUUCGAAUGUACAAAAAAACGAGAAUAAAUACAUUUUUUUGGUUACAGUGCUGUUUAACUAUAAUCUGUUAUUUAAAUUAAAAAAGAAGCAUCGUGAACUGUUCCAUUGUUGGUGUAAUUUUCAUCGGGGUUUGGCAGUAAACUAAAAGCUCAUUCUUCAGAAGUGCUCAGGAUGGCUGUGACAAUGAGGACUGUACAGUAAAUGUGUUUUGUUAUAACAGUACAAUUCCUAGUAAACAGCUGUAUUUUUUCAUGAGAAUGCGUGGUUCCAGGUUUCAGAAGUUGGUUUGAAAUUAAAUGC